GACUACGGUACGGCCCCUUGACCCCAAAAGGUGUUUGAUGACGUUCCGUGUUGAAUGGAGAACAGUCUAGAGAUGAGCUGAGAAACGACAAUAUGGAAGAACCGGAUGAAAAUUCGGACUUCGAUGAUUUGUUUUUGCCAUUUGCACUGUCCAGAGUGUUACAUAAACAAGGCAUUCAGUCAUCUAGCAAUCAAACAGGUUUUGAAACAAGUGGAGAAUAUGUUGACAUUGUGCUCGACGACGACAACUCUAGCGAAGCCGGAGAUGGCCGGGGGAAAAAUGACCCCAGUCCGCUGGACGUGCUUUCUGAAAGUGGUGACCCGUCGUCUCUUUGCCCAUCCCCUUCACCUCUUUCAUCCGUCAACCCUUCUGAUUCUCAGCCAGACUUUUCAGACCUGAGGCAGGCAAAUUCUUCUUCUUGCCAACAUUCUAAUAUUUUAGAGAAAUUGGACAGCUUUGACAGUGUGGAAACGGAUAAAGAUGGUGAUGAAUUGCGUGAUAGGAAAGAUUCCAUUUUGGACGGUCUGUUGUGUGAGAUAUAUGACAGGUGUCAUGCAAGUACAAGGCCAAGUGUCGAUAGUGAUGGAUUUACAGAGUGUUCUUCUGAUGGAGCUUAUCUUAGCAGUAAAGGAGAUAGCUUUCAAGAGUCUUCAAGAUUACCAAGAGCCUUGUUGAAUGCUAAAUCAACCAAUGAGCUUCUAGACAUGGUAAGAGAUCUUCAGCAUGGCACCGCUGUCCUGUCAGGAAGGCUCAUCAAACAGCUAAAGCGAAGAGAUCGUUACCUGGCCAAAAGACAGAAGAACCAGGAUGUACUCACAGCUAUGCUUCAAGCUGUUUCUCAGAAGAGAAGAGUGGAUGCCCAGCUAAGGUUUAGUAUCGAGCCACUACCAGGGAAGAAAGCAUUUAGACAGUGGUAUGAUGCAUUAAGAGCAGUGGCUCGUCUUCCAUUUGGUCUACCCCGUGAGUUACGCAAGGCAGUGUGGUUGAGCCUAGCAGACAAGCAUAUCAAGCAUCUUAAAUUAGAUUGGGAGAAGACAGUUAAGGUUGCAUUUAAUGAUCACUCAAAUCCUGAUGAUGACAAACUUGGUGUCCAGAUUGUUAAGGAUUUACAUCGUACUGGUUGUAGUGGUUUCUGUGGUCAAGGAGCAGAGGAAGACAGAGUAGUUCUAAAGCGAGUGCUUUUGGCCUAUGCUAGAUGGAACAAGUCUGUUGGUUACUGUCAAGGGUUUAAUGUCAUCGCUGCACUUAUUCUAGAGGUCAUGGAAAGGAUGGAAGAUGAUGCUCUUAAGGUAAUGAUUUUCUUGAUAGAUCAUGUCCUACCUGACAGCUACUUUGCAAACAACUUGAGGGCGCUGUCUGUUGACAUGGCUGUAUUCCGCGAGCUCCUACAUUUCAAACUACCUGACCUAGCACAACAUCUAGACAAGCUUCAAAAAUCAGCCAAUGAUGGUUUGUCAGGUAGCUAUGAGCCACCUUUAACCAAUGUUUUCACCAUGCAAUGGUUUCUAACACUAUUUGCCACCUGUGUACCUAAGAAGUUAGUCCUAAGAGUAUGGGAUACACUAUUCCUAGAAGGUUCUGAAGUUCUGCUCAGAGUGGCACUUGCAAUAUGGGCUAAACUGGAACAACCUUUAUUAGAGAUUAAGAGUGCUGAUGAAUUCUAUAGUCAGAUGGCUGUACUGUGUAGUGAGAUGCUGCAAGAUCAGCUCAUUGAUGGAGAUGAUCUUGUUAAGACGAUUUACUCAAUGGCAUCAUUCCCAUUCCCUCAUCUGAAUGAGAUCCGUGAGAAGUAUAUGUUCAGCAUCACCCCAUUCUCUCCUCUUGGUGGUUUGGAGAAGACUUCAACCUCAUCUGAAACCAAGUCAACUACUGUUGGUCCUAAGCGUAAGGAAGGACAGAGAGGAUACUCACAACCAUCUAGUAGUCAUGCUAGCCAGAGUGAUGAGGAAACUGAAUUUAUAGAUGAUGAAGAUCUGACCAAUAUGACAUGCUUUACAGGACUAUUUCCUCCACAGUCGCCAUAUGCUAUCACUGAUGGUAGUGAUCGUUCUGAAUCUCAAGGGUCAGCUGGAGAUGACAUCACCAAAGUUAGUCCCGGUGCAUACAGUACAAGCUCCGAAGACCUUACCCUCCACUCUGCUGCCCUCAUGGAGAGGAUGACUAUGGAUGUACAGUCAUUGAAGAAACAGUACUUACGCAUACAGCGCAGGCAGAUGAGGGCGCAUGUCAUAUAUGGGCCUACAAGUAUUGCAGGCAAAAGAGCCCACAAGCCUGUAUCACGUAAGAAGAACAUAGCAGUUGCAAUCGAAAGCCCAGCAGUAGUCAACCACUUACUUGUUGGAAAAGGAGGUCUGGGUAAGAAGAAUGCCAAAAUUGCUUCUACACCUCAGAUAGCACCCCCGUCAAGAAAGAGCUAUGAUGAUGAUGAUGAUGAUGACUUUCCAAGCAAGAGAGUUCAUGUCAACACCAAACCAAAUGUAAAGCAUCUUACCUCAGACAAGGAUGAAAGUAAGAAUGAUGGAGGAAGGGAUGACAUGUCAGAACUCUCAAGUGUCUUUGAAGAUAAUGAAGAUAUAUCUGCUGUAGGUUGCCAUUCUUCAUCCCGGGAUGAUCUGACCAAGGGUCACCAGGACAGUUUGUCAAAACAAGAUGAAAAGACAUGCUCCCGAGAGUCUUUUGAGCCAGAGAUUGGUUCAUUGAUUGAUCUGGGUUGGGGAUCAGAUGGAGGAAGCCAUACCAACGAUGACCAGCAUGAAAAUGUCAGCCUUGAUACAAAUGGCAUUGAACGUGUGAUGCGUGUCAAUGAUGCCUGUGAUUCAGCAUCAUCAGAAAGUCAAGACCUUAAUGCAAAUGAUGUCACUAGCAACAGACCAAGGCAGCACCUAGACUCUGAUAAGACAUUGAAGAGUACAAGUACAGAAAGCAUUCCAAAUAGCAUGUUAGCACCAGAGUUUAAUUGCUCCGUUGCAGCAUUCAAUCCAACUCUCCCAAGCACCUCCCCAAGAAGACAAAAUUUAAAAGCAUCAGAACCAACCAGUCCCAGUCAGGAGAAACCAUGGAUAACAACCAAUGGGACUGUAGCAGACCAAAGUCAUGUGUCUGUCUCUACCAGUUGGAGACGAUGUAGUAGUGGAAGUUCCAGCUGUGAUGAGCCAACGACACCUCCUGCACGUGUGGUAUUUAAUCCCUUUCCCAAACGUUCACUUAAGAGUUCAGAGAGCAGGACAAGAACAAGGAUGAAGCUAGGUUUGUAUCCCAAAAAGACCAAUGAAAAAAGACAAGGCUAUUCUACAAGAGAUGCAUCUGCAGAACAACUUUCACAUGAUAUAGCCAGGUCCAUUCAAUUAGGUAGCUAGACUUUCAUUUUCCAUUUUUAUUAUUGAUUUAUAUUUGGUUGGGUUUACUUUUGUUCAGUUCAAUUUUUUACCAACAUAUUUUUUUAUAUAUUUAAUAUUUUUGAAUAUUUAUUUACUUAUUAUUAGGUUGACAUGAGUACAGUAGAAAUUCGGAACUGCCUUACAUCUUUUUUUUUGUUUAUUAAAUGAACAUUUUUUACCCUGAAACAUUUCAGUAGAAUUUAUUGUCAAUUUAGUUUUUAUGAGAUGAUUGGUUGUUCUUUGUUUUGAAAUGUUCACAUGAUUUUUCCCUAUGAGGUCAAACAAAAUCAGAUGAAACUUCAGAGAUGAUGAACUGUUAAUACACUAUUUGCCAUAAUUAGUCUGCAUAUUACAAGUAUAGGAGGAGCAAUAAAAGAAGAAAGCAAUAUUUCAGAAAAGCUAAGGUCAUCAGUUAAACCAUGGAUAUGAUUCCCAUAUUAUAACUUGAUGAUCCUAAACACUUUGCAUGCAUUGUUGCCGUUUCUGCUGCUGUAGUAACAGCAUAGAGCUGUAAUAUGCAACUUAUAUGUUGAUUUAUUUUUUGUAUAUUCAUUUCCAUGGUUGCAAUUUAUAGGAUCGUAUUGAGAUUUAGAAAUGAAUAAUCAUGGAUGGUGUUCUUACUGAAUUGAUAAAGUUAACCCAAGAUUAUCUUGGACCAUACCUUUUAUGGGGUACCAUUUGUCAACUUUUUUACUAAUUUAUAAUUGUUAAUUCAUUCGUACAGUGAAAUAAUCAAUUUCAUUUUGAAAAGGAAGGAAUAAUACUUUUUCUUUAGUAUAUUAUUUUGUAAUGAGUAUUGAAGAAGAGAGAUGAACCCCAAAAUUACACAGAAGUGUGGACUGAAUUUGUUGUUUCAUCUGAAGUUUCAUAUCGGCUUAGAAUGGUAUCUCAUACAUGUAAGUACAUGAAAAUAGUCAAAUGGCAAUGCACCAAAUUUACUGCCAAACUUUAAGUAAACAUUCAUGGGCAGAUGUGCAGAUCAAUCUGAGCAGAGUCAAUUUUAAUUUAAUCAUUUCUAAAAAUCUAGUGAUGUCUGAAGCAGAUUAUUGGAUGACUGUGUCUUAUUUCUUUUUCACUUGGAUGAUCGUCAGAUAAAUAGUAAGCAUUUCUGAAUAUCCAGUGGAGUGCUUUUGCUGUAGAUGUUGGUUUUCUUGAAAAAAAAUAUUUCAAAAAAUUAAUUGUAUUGUUUAUAGAGCAUGUAUUGGCAUUAUUAUUAAAGCUAAUUGAAUAAGUAAGUUUUUAAAGUAUCUGUACUAAAUGUGAUCUGCAUAUACUGUGUCUUCCUCAUUAAAUGUAGUAAACGCAUAAGAUAUACUGUAUAUAUAUGUUUUGUCUCUCUUUAUUGUCCCAAUUGUAGGUGAACUGAACAAUUUCUUAGUUAAUGAAAAUAUACACUGCUUUAAAUACAAUGGACAAUGGUCAAAACAUCUGCUUAUAUCUUAAACCAAAUUUCAUAUAAAUGAUUUAAGAAUGCUUAAAAGAGCAUUAUAAUUUAUAUAUUUAUGUUUGUUGUAACUUUCUUGAAAAAAAAAUUAUGAUCAUACAAAGAUUAGAUAAGUAGGAAGAAGAGAAACUGCUAUAUAUAUAUAUAAUUUUGCAUUUAUUUCUCUCUUGUUAAACAGGGAAUGUUAUUUGAUAUUGGAGGUUUUAUUUAGAAUUUUGGGUAGAUAACUGUAAAACUGUAAACCCCUUUUUGCUGUCAUUU